AUGAAGUUCACCAUCCUUAGCAUCAUGGCUCUUGCCGCUGCUGUCAGCGUCUCAGCACUUCCAAGCGACAGUGCCGCUGUGCGAGCUCGCGAGGUUGAUCCGAUGGCCCAGUUUGCGAGCCUGCAUAUGCUUGAAAGGCGUGGCUUGUCAAACGGCAAGAAGUGCAAGGAAGACUCGCAGUGCGACUCGGACUUCUGCAAGAACCCUGGCUGGUUCAGAUCAAACGUAUGCGAGGCCAAGCUCACCAACGGCCACGAGUGCGACCACGACAACCACUGCGUCUCAGGCUACUGCAAAAGGACCAGCCGCUUUCGCGCCAAAAAGUGCGAAACCAACACCAUCCCGAAUGGCUCGCUCAGGAAAGGCGCCACGUGCGAUCGAAACGCCGAGUGCAAAAGCCAGAUCUGCGAGGACAUCCUCGGAUUCAAGAAGUGCGUCACCAAGGAGACUGGAGAAUCGUGUUCGACAAACGACAACUGCGACUCUGGCUUUUGCUUCAUCAAGCCCAAAGGCGCCAAUCAUCGAUGCCUUGCUGUAAACCUUGCACAUGGCAAGCACUGUGUCGACAAUGUCCAGUGCGCUUCCAAAAAAUGCAACAAUAUCUGCGAAUGA